UCUCCCGCUCUCUCUGCUGGUAACUCCCCAGUCGCUUCCCCAUCGACACCCGUCAAUCUGGGGAGGAAACGCGCUCGCUCGAGUGACUCACAGGCGUCCUCUUCAAAACGCGCCUUGUCUGAGGAUCCCUGCCUUUCUUCGACGCCGGACCCGCCUCCUCAGAGCAGCGCCUCCACACCUGCAAUGAUGGACGAUGAAAGUGACUCAAUCGAUACAUAUAUGCGUGAACAGGGAGAGCAGGACCUCCAGCGCAUCUCGCUAGAAACUGUAUCUGCCGCUCAACAACCACAUUCGCCGUCUCCUUCCGAGAAGUUACAGUUCAUUGAAAGAGUAAAGAACAGACCUAUGAUUAUGGGAGAGACAUGGUAUAUUGUCUCGCGUGCGUGGUAUCGCAGGUGGGAGAGGGCCUGCAGGGGAGAAGUGACAAAGCAAGGCGCAAUAUUAGAAAAUCAGAUUGGUCCUGUGGAUAACUCCAAGUUUUUCGAGGACGGCAAGUUCGACGCUUCUCAAUCCAUGAUGGAAGGGAUCGACUUCGAAUUCGUUCCCUCAGAGGCGUGGAAUGCUUUUGUUCAAUGGUAUGGCGAAACGCCCGAUGUAAUAGCACGGCAAGUUGUAACGAGGGGUCAAAACAAUGAACCUUGUAUCGAACUACGCCCUUUAUGUGUACCUGUCUCUCGCUUAGUCUCAGACACUACUUCAUCUUCGCACAAUCCGCCACGGGAAUUAACAAUCUCAAGUCUUGCCAAGUUGUCAGAUCUUUACACAAAGCUUCUUGAUAUCCUCGACCUCCCUCGCCAGACUCAGUUCCGAACCUGGGCCGUUUUUAAUUUGACACUCAAUGAAGUUUUUGUUACACUGCCCAACUUCUUAAAGGGCAAUGCACUUCUACUACCGAACGAUGAGGAUCAUAUUAGCCAGACUAUAGAGGAAGCCAUUGUCGAACAAUGCGACGGCUUCGUUGUGGAGCUUCUUGAGGACGGGAGGUGGCUUGUAGACGAGGUGAAGGUUCGGCAGCCAGGCGCUGUCACUCCAAACCCAGCCGAGGACACCGCACCAAGUUUCUCUUCAGGCCCGGAUUUCUUCUCCAAAUUCGAAUCUGGUUCCUCGAAAAAGGCAGGAGGGACUGCUCUCGGCCCAUCUCCCCCAAUUUCAACGUCUUCCUACGGGAAAGGAAGAGCCGACAGGAAAGGAAUCGUUCCCGGUACUAUUGGCUUUUCGAACAUGGGAAACACGUGUUUUAUGAAUUCGGCGCUUCAAUGUCUUGUUCAUACGCAAGAAUUGGUCGAAUACUUCCUCACUCGCGUAUACCAGGGUGAACUGAAUCCCGAUAACCCAUUAGGAAUGCAGGGUGCCAUAGCAGAAGCCUUCGGUGUAGUUAUGGAUCGCGUUUGGCUACCCCAGAGCACAGUUUAUGCACCACGAGAAUUUAAAAUGCAGCUCCAGCGCUUCGCACCGCAAUUCUCAGGAUAUCAACAACAUGAUUCACAGGAGCUGGUUGCUUUUCUUCUUGACGGUCUACAUGAGGAUCUUAAUCGAGUGCUAAAGAAGCCUUAUGUGGAGAAGCCCGACUGGAACGGUGGAGGCGACAAAGAGUUGGUUGCAUUGGCAAAAGAAAGUUGGGAAGGCUACAAGAAGCGUAACGAUAGCGUGAUUGUCGACUUGUUCCAAGGUCAAUACCGGAGCACGCUUGUGUGUCCCGAGUGUAAAAGGGUGUCAAUUACGUUUGAUCCGUUCAUGUACCUUACGCUGCCUUUGCCGGUGCAAAAGAAAUGGACCCAUCCUAUUCUAUACAUACCGUGGGACGUUAGCAAGCCACAUGUGAAGGUACCAGUGGAACUCAACCGAAACGCGUCCUUCAGAGAAGUGCGCCAGUUAUUAAGCCGUUGGAUGAAUGCCGAACCUGAUAACCUCUUGACAUUAGAAACUUUCAGCAAUCGAUUCUAUAAGUACCUAGAUGACACUGUUCCCGUUGGAGACAUGUCAGAUGCCGAUCAUAUCGUCUGUUUCGAAUUGCCGUGCCACGCCCAGCAAUCAAGAAACUGGAGUCCAAGCGCUGAUCCAACAGAGGAUCCAGUAAUAUUACCAGUUCAUCUCUGUAAAGAGAUUCCUUCUACAUACAGCAGCUUCCAGCGACCUUCCAGUGGCUUUGCACAUCCAUUCAUCGUCGUGCUGGAUAAAGAACAAAAUCGCGAUCGUAAAAAGAUCUACUCUGCUAUCAUAGAGCGCUUAGAGCGUUGGACAAAACAUGCAAGAGAUUUGUACCAAUGGGAAGAAGUCGCUGCGACGGAAGUCAAAAUCCUGGAGACACACUCAGAAUGCUCGAUUUCUGAAGUCAAGGAGAAUGGGGACGUUGUCAGAAUGGAUGAGACAGAAGAGGACAUCAGCGAUGAAAAGUCGCGCAUGUUCGUAGACGAAUCGAUUGAAGUAGCCACUGUCGAAAAGUCCAUUGACCGUCUGGGUCCAAAGCCCGAUCUAUUCGAGAUCCAUAUCCAGUCUGGCCAUGAUAAGCUGGGUGCAGGGAACGCAUGGAGCUCAGGCAAAUGGGAACAGUGGGAAGCUCGGAAAAAUGCUGGCAAGGGCGACGAUAACCCUCCUCUUCUUCGUCGAGGUGAUGCAUUGUAUUGCGAAUGGGAUGACAAUUUCCGUUCGUAUUUCUUCGGUGACGAUCCUCAUCACGAGCAUGCGCUUUGGCAAGAUCGCCAUUGGGGAGAGUUCAUUCAUCCAGAAUUCAAAGAAAUGCAGGAAGCCUCUGCCGCUCGAAGCAAGAAGUGUAUCACGCUGAACGAUUGCUUGGACGAGUUUACGAGGGAAGAGGAGCUCGGUGAGGAGGAUCUCUGGUAUUGUUCGAAAUGCAAAAAGCACCAACCGGCAACGAAGAAAUUCGACUUGUGGACGAUCCCAGACAUUCUCGUUGUACACCUCAAGCGCUUCAGCAAUAGUCGCAUUCUGCGUGACAAAAUCGAUGCCUUUGUUGACUUCCCCGUUGAAGGACUCGACCUUGAGGCGUUCAGCGGGGAGCGAGAAGUGGCCAAGCGACUCGCUCAAGAGGGGCACGACGUCAAAGCGCUGGGGGUAUCGGACGCGGAGGAACCUUUACUUUACGACCUUUAUGCCGUUGACGAACACAUGGGUGGACUUGGUGGAGGCCAUUAUCGAGCUUAUGCAAAAAAUCACGAAACAGAUAAGUGGUAUCAUUUUGACGAUACACAUGUCUCGGUAGCAGACCCGGCUGAUGCUGUGAACCGGAGUGCCUAUUUAUUGUUUUACAAAAGACGUACCAGCCGCGCUAUCGGGGGUGUCUCAUACGAAAAAGUUGAAGCGGCUCGUCAAAAACUGUUAUCUGCCGAAGAAGAUGUCAAGGAGGAUGUUCAAUUACCAACACCCCCAGACGAGGAAGAAGGGCCGCACCUGAAGAAUACACUGACGGGACUUCUCUCCCGUUCGGCUAACUACGGACGCGGGAGCUGGAACGAACCAUUAGAUGGCUACGAAAAUUCACCAUUUUCUUCUAGGGAUGAGAACUCAGCGGAGGUCGAAAGCGAUCUGGAAAAUGGAUCAGGAUCGCCUUUUGAAUAUCAGUCGGAUCCCCUUGCGCAAGCUACUCGUUCGUAUGACUUCCCGAAUCCAGGAAGUGCGACAUCCUCCCCUACUUCUUCAAAUGCAGCAGAUGCAGGCGAUGAGGGGACGCCGGAUAUGGACUUUACGGACCUGGACGAAGAACUUGCACAGGAGCAAGAGCAGGAACGACGAGGGCAAAAGUCAAAUGACUCUGAAAUACCCGUGAGCGGGAGCUCGCUUCAUGACAUUGACUAUUAGAGUCUGUAAUUACUCGUUGUCGCAUCCAAAAGACUUUUCUCUAGAUGCAUCAAGAAGCCUGUAUUUAUAUAACCUUCUGCUCUUU